ACUCUAGACAAUUACCGGCAAUACAAACAACAUGCUCUUAGGGCCAUAGGGUGUGUGUGUGCAUUUGUGUGACGCCGUGGAGGGAACCCCAAGCUAGUGUGUGGAAUCUUUUAUUUCAAGUUGCAGACUAGUUGGCCUGCAAGGCUUUAACCAUGAGUUAGGUUUAGAUGAGACAAGGCAAAUUUAGUUUGGUUAGGUGUGCAAAAAAUAGGAGUCGUUAUGUAAUCCUGUAAACAAUGAAAUCAGUUACAUAAAAUAUGUGGUUCCAUUGCAUAGAAUAUAUUAGUAAUUCCAGACAUUGUCCUUGAUAACUUUUUAUACAAUUCUUAACCAUUUCUCUCCAUACUCCCUAAAAGCCAGUCUUUAUCAGCAGUUACUGUACCAUUCAUUGAAGAACUUCCUGACCAAAAGAUUUCCCUGUAAAGUGAGCUCUGAGCAUUCAUUUGGCUUGGUGGUAUUUUUGCAACACCCACCACUUACAUCACCUCCCACAGCUGAUCAGCCACUCUUACUUGGACUGGCAGCAUUCACUCCAUCACCAGGCAUUACGAUGCAGGUGCAAGCACUUCACAGGGAUUGGCACAGUAGUGGAGUGCGAGGCAAGAAGGACAUGGAAAGACUGUGCACAGUACAGGUGUAUAUUUCAUAACUAGAGAACAGGGCACAGUUAUCUCAUGAUAUACAGGACACUACAGGCAAGAAAACUCACACUAGGUAGAGCACAGAGUCUUAAGCGCAUGGCACACACUGCCCACAUACACCCACAGCACAAAGUCAUUUGGAUGUUCAUGCAGAACACACACAAAGGAAGGCACAACCAGAAUUGCAAGGCAUGGCUCAUGAAUUGCAGCUCAACAAGAAGGCUCUGAAGAUGUAAUGAAGAGUAAUGAAGAGUCCUCCUCUCACUUGCACUUCCCAGCAGCUGGUACACUUUUAUAGCCACAGGACAUCUUCAUGCAGUCCUUCCUCAGAUGGCACAUUUUUCAUCUGUUGAGAGCUGUCAUAAGGAUAACACUUGUGGACAGGCAAUAUCUACUUCAGAGAUAAAGAAUGAGCCAGAGAAUGAAUGGUUCAGUGAUAGUACAGACAGUGCAGAUGAACCACACACAAAAAUAUGCCGAUGGGAACAAGAAACUAGUGACCAUAGCUGGGGCUUCCUUCCCAUCCCUGGAAAAUUCUUACAGUUAGAUCAGAUUAUUGACAUUCUCAGAAGCACUGACAAAGUCCUUGAGUCAGUGCCCCCUGGUGAGAAAAACAAUGUAUUCUUUGUUUUAGAAGACUCAAAAAAUGCUCUAAGGAAAAGAAUGAAAAUGAAAACUGAUUACCAUGAUGACUGUGGUGUGUGGGACAGUCAGAAGGGAAAGACUGCAAAUACUUACAUUGCAUUCUGUGAUGGAAGUCUUAAAACUGUGUCUUUGAAGGAUGGCCUUUUCUGUAGCGAGAGUCGUAAGAGAGGAGUGUCACACUGGAUUCCACUUAACCCACAGCCUGAUCAGGACUCAAUGGUGAAGGUGCAUCGCUACUAUACCACCCUGAAAGGUGAUGAUAAUUACAGGAGACGCAUCACCUGUGUGUCUGGUGGAGAGUUUCCUGACCGUGUGGUUGUGGAGUAUUCUGGAAUUCGAACUAGUCCCAUCACCAUUCAUGGAAACUCAAAAUCUGCCAGAGAGUACAUGCGCACCAAUCCAAGACUGCUAGAGAGGAUGAAUGAGGAGGUGAAAAACAAAUCAACUAAACAAGUUUAUGAGGAAAUGCUAAGGGACAGUAAGCUAGGCAUUCCAAAGAGUCUCAAACAAGUGGCUGAUGCAAAAUAUCGGGCAUCCAGGAAGGUGCAGCAGGAGAAGGUGGUAAAAGUUGCUGGUGAGAAUCUUGAUUUUCUGACAAUGCUGGAGGAGAACCCAAGUGUCCAGGAAGUGAUCCACCGGAAAGACUUACCUUCAUGUGUCAUUUUGCACAGUGGUGAUCAGCUAGGGGACAUGAAGAGGAACUUGGAAAAUGAAAGUAUAAUGGGAGUAGACUGCACUUAUAAGGUCGGUGAUUGUUACAUCACCAUGACAGUGUACCGGAACUCUAGAGAUCUGCAUGAGGAGACGCUUGAGCCACUCCUGUACCUUGGGCCUGUGCUUCUUCAUUGGGAUGUGGAAUUAAGGACGUAUGUCUCUUUCUUUUCAUAUCUGAUGAGUGUCUUAGGUGAUAUGGAGCCUACUUUUGAAGUUAAAUUAGGAGAUGAAAUAGAGUUAGCUGUUUUUGAUGCAUUGGAGAAUUGUUUCCCAUCAUCAGUGCUUAUGUUGAACUGCCAGUGCCUAGAGGAAAGUGUAAGUAGAAAGCUCCCUUUUAUCCUGGGUGAUAAACCACAAGAGUGCUCCAUGAUUUUACAGAAAAUAUUUGGUUCAGAAGGCAUUGUCAGCAGUCCUAGUAUGUUAGAUUUUGAAGACAGAGUGUCAAACCUGAGGAGUUGUUUUGAGGAAUUUCCUAAUUUCAAAAGUUAUUUCGACGAGCUGCAGCCAUUUUUGUAUUCAUAUGUGUGUGAGCCACUACAGAGAGGCAUCUCACAGAAGUUGUGGGCAAAGAGCAAUGAUGAAAUUCUAAGUGGCCUUUUAAAACUAACUCUGCGGCAGAAACACCACAAAUUACCUGACCUUGUAGAGAAGAUCUGCACUGUGAGUAGACUGCAAAUGUUGGAUGUAGAGAGUGUGACAUGAAAACAGAAGUGCCUAUGGUGGGGGUGUCCUGAAGGCUGGUGCCUCACUGCAGCACUGCUUGAGUGCCUUAGCACAUGCUGCAGAAGAGUGCACUAGAUUAUUAAGGACUUCUAAAAAUAUCUAAAAUUUAAAAUUUCAACCUGAUCACAAAAUAAAUCUUAAUAUAUUAAAUAAACAAUACAUACAUACCUGUAAAAGGUCAUAGUAUUGAUUUUUUUUACCAAUAUACAUACUUCCUAAAAUUCAUGAGCAAAUUAGUGUUUGUUUAUAUGAAAUUAUAAAAAUUUAGAGGCAUGACAUAAGGGAGAAUGAAUGCUUAAAGAAUGACAGAAGCAGGUGGUUUUAUGGGCUGUAGAGGAGUAACAGACUGGUAAAAAUCAGAAGAUAAGCCUGAUAAAAUGUGUAGAUAUUAUUCAUGAGUAAUGUACAGGUUAAUUUUGUGCAAGACUUGAAGCUAAACUUAAUCAUAAGAAAUCUUCAUAGAUAUUUUUCUAUUUUGUAAAAAUGUUACACUAUAUUUGUUUAUAUAAUAUACAAUAAUAUAUAAGUAAAAUUACA